AAUCUGCGCUGCCUUGUGCAAGAGGAAGAGGAAGAGGAAUGAGUUUAAACCGGUUAACGUAGCCAUGGCAAGCGCCGAUCAAGGAAAAUCAACCAAAGAGCAGAAAUACGACAGACAGCUGAGAUUGUGGGGUGAUCAUGGCCAGGAUGCGCUGGAAAAUGCCCACGUUUGUCUGAUCAACGCUUGUGCAACAGGGACAGAAAUACUGAAGAAUCUGGUACUUCCAGGUAUUGGAGCAUUCACCAUUGUGGAUGGCCAUAAAGUCAGAGGAGACGAUGUUGGAAAUAACUUCUUUCUUACUAAGAGCAGCAUUGGCAGGAAUCGGGCUCAGGCUGCCACAGAACUAUUGCAGGAACUCAACAGCGAUGUGUCUGGAAAUUUUGUGGAGGAGAGUCCGGAGCAGCUCUUGGACAACGACCCCGAUUUUUUCCAUAGGUUUAGCUUGGUGAUUGCAGUUCACUUACCUGAAAGUACAUUAUUGCGUUUAUCUGCUUUUUUGUGGGGUGCUGGAGUGCCACUUCUGGUCUGCAGGACAUAUGGGCUUAUUGGGUAUAUGAGACUGGUGGUGAAAGAGCACACAGUUGUAGAAUCCCACCCAGACAAUGCACUUGAGGAUCUAAGGCUGGAUCAUCAAUUUCCAGAACUCAAAAAGCACAUUCAGUCCUAUGACUUGGAAAAUAUGGAAAAAAGGGAUCAUAGCCAUACACCUUGGAUCAUCGUGAUGGCAAAGUAUCUGGAAAAAUGGCGCAAUGAGCACAAUAAUCAGAUGCCUAAGAGCUAUAAAGAAAAAGAAGCUUUUCGAGAACUUAUUCGACAAGGAAUUCGGAAAAAUGAGAACGGAGUUCCAGAGGAUGAAGAGAAUUUUGAUGAAGCCAUAAAAAAUGUCAACACUGCCUUGAACCCUACAAAGAUUUCAAGUGGAGUUCAAGAACUCUUACAGGAUGAGAACUGUAAAAACAUCAAUGCCCAGACCUCCUCGUUUUGGUUACUUGUUCGAGCUGUGAAGGAGUUUGUGGAGAAGGAAGGCCAAGGCAGUCUGCCGGUCAGAGGCACCAUCCCGGACAUGAUUGCAGAUUCUGAUAAAUUCAUCAAGCUCCAGAAUAUCUACCGAGAGAAAGCAAAAGAGGAUGCUACAGCUGUAUCCAAUCACAUUUCUGCCCUUCUGCAGUCAGUUGGAAGGCUUCCAGAGAGUGUUUCUGAGCAAGAAAUCCGACUGUUCUGUAAAAGUUCAGCUUUUUUGCGAGUCGUGCGCUGCAGGUCACUGGCUGAAGAAUACAGCACUGAAACUAUUAAUAAAGAUGAAAUCUCAUCUUGUAUGGACAAUCCAGACAGCGAGAUGGUGUUGUAUUUAAUGUUGCGGGCUGUGGAUAAGUUUUACCAGCAGCAUGGUCGCUACCCAGGUGUUUAUAACUAUCAAGUUGAAGAAGACAUUGGAAAGCUCAAGUCUUGUGUGAACAGCCUCCUUCAAGAGAAUGGCCUUGCUGUAAAUGUAAAAGACGAUUACAUCCAUGAAUUCUGUCGUUAUGGUGCUGUGGAACCACACCCAGUUGCUUCAUUUGUGGGAGGAUCUGCUGCCCAGGAAGCCAUCAAAAUAAUUACACAUCAGUUUGUACCCUUCAAUAACACUUUUAUUUACAAUGCAAUGGCACAGACGUCUGCCACGUUCCAGUUAUAGAGCAAAGCUGCUGCACUAAAACACUGUACACAUUGUUUAACCUCUUGUAAGAUAUUAGAACAUACCUGUUUAGUGUUGCCUGGGUGUGUUUUUUUUUUUUUUUUUAACUUUGUAAUAUUGUUCAGCUUUUUCAAUAAUUUCCUGGACUUCGAAUCUUAGUACAAUAAAAUAAAAAAGAAUGUGCAGUACUUUUUGUUUGCUGUGUAAUCCUGCUGUGACAGCAGUGCAUUAAACAAUUUAAUAUUUU